AGUUCAGUGCGUAAUUAGUCGAAUAACUGCCAUGGCGACUUGUUCUUCACUGACAAUCACAAAAUUUUCUUUAUUAGCUCGAAGUACACACGUGUUAAACCGGGUGAAAUUGACGUCGGCAUAUCGAAAUUUCCCUUCAAUAGGAACUGUGAAUCAUACACAAACUUUUCAAAAACGUUUAAUUUCACAGACAGCAAGAUUCUUGCAAAGUUUUAAACACAUUCAAGCGCAAAAUAAUAAUAAUAAAAUGUCGAACUACACUGUUGUCGAAAAGGGAACACCAAACUCAACCAAUUACAGCAUCUAUUUAAAGAAUGCUUCUGGAAACAUUGUUUCGCCAUUACACGACAUUCCGCUUUAUGCCAAUGAUACAAAGACUGUGCUUAAUAUGGUCGUGGAAAUCCCACGUUGGACAAAUGCUAAAAUGGAGAUCAGUACUGCAACACCUCUGAAUCCUAUUAAGCAAGAUGUUAAAAAGGGUAAAUUGCGCUUUGUUGCUAACUGCUUCCCACACAAAGGGUACAUUUGGAAUUAUGGUGCUUUUCCACAAACAUGGGAAAAUCCUGGACAUAUCGAACCAUCCACUGGUUGCAAGGGUGAUAAUGAUCCAAUUGAUGUAUUGGAAAUCGGUUAUCGUGUUGCAAAGCGUGGUGAGGUUAUACAAGUAAAGGUGCUCGGUACUGUCGCAUUGAUUGAUGAAGGGGAAACGGAUUGGAAGAUUAUUACUAUUGAUGUCAAUGACCCGUUGGCUGAAAAAAUGAAUGAUAUUGGUGAUGUUGAUAAAUUUUUCCCAGGUUUAUUGCGUGCAACCGUCGAAUGGUUUAAGAUCUACAAAAUUCCAGAUGGCAAACCUGAAAAUAAGUUCGCUUUUAAUGGUGACGCUAAAUGCGCUGCCUUUGCAAACAAUAUCAUUGAGGAGACUAAUAAAUUCUGGCAGGGUUUGAUUACCAAAGAGUUGGACGGUGGCGAGAUUUCUUUAACCAACACUGCAAACAGCGGCACACCCGGAUUUACCAAGUCUGACGAGGCUGAACAGAUAUUGGCUGCAGCGCCAGAAGGCGGCGAACCUGAGGAACUUUCCAACACAGUCGAUAGAUGGCAUUUCGUGCAUUUGAAGUGAUUUCAAGAAUCUUUAGGAUGGUGAAACAUUAUUAUUAACUAAAAUGCUGGCGUAAGGUCUUUAUUAAAAUAUAAAAAUCAAUAAAAAUGAAGUAUGUACUUUUUGGAACUGG